AUGAGCUCAGCAGUGUACAGCCCUGGCCUUGCCGCACAAAACGAUCUUCCCGUAGAAAAUUGCAACGCUGCCACCGCCACCGCCGCUUCACUCUGCACUUUGUCUCUGCACACCACGGAGGUUGGACCACACGACCACACGAAUAGCGUGAACAGGAGCUACUCGGAUCUGAAUGGCUUGCAGUUUGUCUUCUACGCUGCGGUUCUCUGUUGGCUACGGACAGCCCUGCAGCAGCCGCUUAAUCUUGCUUUAGCUCGCCAACAAACAUGCCCUGUCGCGAGCACCAUGACAGCAAUGCAAAUUGUGCGAUGCGUAUACACCACCGAAGGGGGCACGCUUGGCCUGAGGCAGGGAAUGACUGCUCUGACGCUGGGAUGUACCCUCAGCGAGGCACUCUAUCUUUGGCUCUUUGAGUACAGCCGCGAACGACUUCCUGUGGAGUCCGACGCAACACGCGAUGCGGUGUCCGGAUACGUGUCAGACGUCGUCUGUCGGCUGGUUCAUAUUCCCCUUAGUAUUGUCGCACUGCGGCAGAUGACGGCAAAGAAGACAACGAUUGGGGGCACACAUGAAACAAGUGGCAUGUUUCGCACCUUGGUGUCCAUGUACCGUGAGAAUGGAAUGCGUACGGUGUUUGCAGGUUACGGUACAACCUUGUUAGUUGGAUGCCAGUGGACGGCAGUGUGGUGGGCCAUGUAUGGAUACACCAAGAGCUGGUUGUACGAGGCUGCCGACGAAUUUCUAGAGACGGGGGGUCAAGAGAGGUUGAACCCAUCCACCUCGUUCUUCGUGGCAUGGAAACACUGGUUGCUGGCGAGGGACGACAACAUGGUGCUGAACUCCGUGUCCUCGUUUUUUACAAGCGCAAGCACGGCCGUACUGUUCAAUCCGUAUCUGGUGGCACGAGCAAAUCUGCAGGUGACGCCGAAUGCCCGAUUGUGGCGUGUCGUCCGCGAUAUGUACCGGACUCGCGGCAUGCAGGGGUUUUACGUUGGCCUCGCGCUUAACAUUGGAACGUGUCUUAUAGACGGGUUGUUAGCGUCCACUUCGUAUGAGUACGCCAAGCUGUGGGCGGACAAGAGCCAUCAACGCCCCCGCCAGGAAGGAUGA